AUGAAGUUCUCUGCUGUUUUGGUUUUGUCUCUGGCCACCGCCACCAUGGCGCUGCCCCGCCACAUACUGUCCCGAGACAGCGGUUUCGCGUUGCAGAAUGGCCAGCAAGCGAUGGCUCAAAACGCGCAGUUCGCGAGCCUGACGGCUGACUCAUCCUGCACAACUGGCACUGACGCAUGCGUCAACAACUCCUUCGCGCAAUGCCUUGCCGGCAAAUACGUACUCCAGUCGUGCGGAACCGGACUGAUCUGCGCUGCGCUUCCGCUCGUCAACUCGCAGGGCACGAGCAUCACCUGCACGACACAGGAUGACCUUCAACAACGCAUUGCUGCUACCGGGGCCUCGUCAUCUUCGAACUCGACGUCUUCUGCGGCGUCCUCUGUCGCGGCGAGUGCUACCGGAGGUGCUGCGACCAGCGUGUCCGCGUCGGCUGCGGCGCCGAGUAGCACUGCUACGGGCAGCGGAAACGACACUGCCGCCCAGUCCUCGCUCACGCUCCUCGACUCGCUGAUCAACACCGGGUUCGAGGAUGACGGCACGAACGAUCUCCGAUCCGGCGAAAUCGCCUCCAUCACCUCCUCCAAUAACUUCAUCAACUACUGCUCCACCGUCAACCUCCCGCUCACGAACGGCACGCAGAUCAAGGCGGGCUCGUGCAACGCCGCGCCGAUGGGUGCCAUCGCCGCCACAACCGCGAUGCCCUCCGCCAAGUUCGUCAACCCGCCGAACCUCGGGACCGUCCCCGCGAACACGAACUUCACCGUCGUCCUCGCCAUCCGCAACCUCGAGACGGGCUGGUUCGUGAACCCCAACACGAACUACUUCGCCGCGCCGCAGCAGGUGAACGCCAGCACGGGCCAGAUCCUGGGCCACAGCCAUGUUGUGAUCGAGGCGAUCACGAGCAUGAACCAGACGGACCCGACGGACCCGACGAAGUUCGCGUUCUUCUCGGGCCUGAACGCGGUCGCGGAGAACGGGCAGCUGUCGACGACGGUGAGCGGCGGCCUCCCGAAGGGCACGUACAGGAUGGCGAGCAUCAACGCGGCGGCGAACCACCAGCCGGUGCUCGUAGCGGUCGCGCAGCACGGUUCGCUCGAUGAUAUGGUCUAG